AUGUACGGUAGUUCACGUUCUGUGAGCAAAAUGGACAGUAAUCACAGCGGUGGAAGAAACAACCAGGGCAACUCUGGACGCUCGCCACGGCUGCCUCGCUCACCCCGUAUGAGUCACCGUCGCACCAACAGCAUGGGGGGCAGCGGUGGAGGCCCGGGCGGCUCUGGAGGCAAGACGCUGUCCAUGGAGAACAUUCAAUCUCUCAAUGCUGCCUACGCCACGUCGGGACCGAUGUAUAUGAGUGAUAAUGAGGUCGCAAUUGGAACCUCCUCUGACCUCCCUAAAAGCGGCGUAGCAACGGGACGCUUCGGAGGAAGCAUCCCUUAUGGGGUCCGGGCAACGGUUACGGGCAGUACACCGGACAUGGCCAUGGUGCCGGCAGUGUCCACAGACUCUAUGGGCUUUGGAGGAGAGAUCCACGCUGCGUCAACUGUUCCACACUCCCUUCGUCAAGCAAGGGACAACACCAUCAUGGAGCUCCAAGCUCAGCUCAAGGAGGUGCUGAGGGAGAACGAGCUCCUUCGGAAGGAAAUCGAGGUGAAGGAGAGCAAGCUCAGCUCCUCCAUGAGCUCCAUCAAAAGCUUCUGGAGCCCAGAGCUGAAGAAGGAACGUGCGCUGCGCAAAGACGAGGCAUCCAAAAUAACAGUGUGGAAGGAGCAGUACCGUGCUGUGCAAGAUGAGACACAGCAUCUGCAGACAACCGUGCAGGCGCUGCAGGCCGAGCUGCGUAUCCAGCGCGACUUGAACCAGCUUCUCCAGCCCCCCGGGGAGCCGCUGGCUUGCGAGCCCAGCGAGGAGCAGGAGAGGCAGGCUCGAGAGGUGUACUUGCUCCGCCGUACACUGGAGGAGAUGGAGAUUCGCCUGGAGACCCAGCGGCAGACGCUAGUUGCUCGCGAUGAGUCAGUCAAAAAGCUUCUGGAGAUGUUGCACAGCAAGGGACCCUCCACUAAAGCCAGUGAAGAGGAUCAUGAGCGCACACGUCGCCUCGCAGAUGCCGAGAUGCACGCACACCACCUGGAGAACCUUCUAGAACAGCGUGAUAAAGAGCUAGUGGCUUUGAGAGAGGAGCUGCAUCGCCGCCUCGAGGGGACGCCAGAGACUACGAAAACCAAAGCUCUCCAGACUGUAAUUGAGAUGAAGGAUUCUCAGAUCAGUUCUCUAGAGCGGGGCCUCAGAGAUCUGGAGGACCAGGUCAUGAUGCUCCGCUCCAGUAGCAUGGUUAGCUGUGAGGAACGGCAGGAAGAGGCCAAGCAGAUGGAGGUCUACCGCAACCACACCAAGUUCAUGAAGAACAAGAUGGACCAAGUUAAGCAAGACCUUUCCAGGAAGGACACCCAGCUCCUUGGAUUACAGACCAAGCUGGAGACCCUGACUAACCAGUUCUCUGACAGCAAACAGCAUAUUGAAGUGCUUAAAGAGUCUCUGACUGCCAAAGAACAACGUGCUGCUAUUCUACAGACAGAGGUGGAUGCUCUGAGGUUGCGUCUGGAGGAGAAGGAGACCAUGCUAAACAAAAAGAGUAAGCAAAUCCAAGAAAUGUCUGAAGAAAAGAGCACACUCAACGGGGAAAUCCAUGAUCUGAAGGACAUGCUGGAUGUCAAGGAGCGUAAAGUCAACGUACUUCAGAAAAAAAUUGAAAACCUGCAGGAGCAGCUGAGGGAUAAAGAGAAGCAGAUGAGCAGCCUUAGAGAGAGGGUGAAGUCCCUACAGACAGACACGUCUAAUACAGACACGGCCCUCACUACACUGGAGGACUCACUGGCCGAGAAGGAACGUAUUAUUGAGCGCCUGAAGGAGCAACGUGACCGCGAGGAGCGAGAGAAGGCAGAGGAGCUGGACAGCAGUAAAAAAGAGCUGAGGGAGUUAAAGGAGAAAGUCAGCAUGCUGCAGGGAGACCUGUCAGACCGAGAGACUUCUCUGCUGGACCUCAAAGAGCAUGCGUCGUCGCUGGCCUCAUCUGGCCUGAAGAAAGACUCCAAACUGAAAAGCAUAGAGAUCGCCCUUGAGCAGAGGAGGGAGGAAUGCAUUAAACUUGAGAACCAACUAAAGAAGGUCCACAGUGCCGCAGUCAAUGCACAGGCCAACGCAGAGAUAUCUGAAAGGAUUUCUUCACUGGAAGCUGAUGUGGCCAGACACCGAGAAGACUCCGCCAAAGCCCAAGCUGAAGUUGAUCGUCUAUUGGACAUCCUGCGUCAGAUGGAGAAUGAGAAAAACGACAAAGACAGAAAAAUCAGUGAGCUGGAGAGUGUGACUUCCAGGCAAAUGAAAGAGCAGAGUAAGAAGUCCUCUAGCAAACACAAGGAGACGUCAGGGAAGGGCAGAAAUGUCAAUGAUGGCCCACAGCAGGAGUCCCUGCGGCAGAAGGCAGAGCGCAUCGAGGAGCUGGAGGAGGCUCUCAGAGAGAGCGUCCAAAUCACUGCUGAGAGGGAGAUGGUGCUGGCGCAGGAGGAGGCCGCACGAAACCACCAGGAGAAACAGAUGGAAGAGCUACUGGGAGCAAUGGAGAAAGUGAAGCUGGAGCUCGAGUCCAUGAAGGCCAAGAUGUCGUCCACCCAGCAGUCUCUGGCUGAGAAAGAAGCUCAUCUGACCACACUGAGGGCUGAGAGGAGGCGACACCUGGAGGAGGUGCUGGAGAUGAAACAGGAGGCUCUGCUGGCAGCCAUAAGUGAGAAAGAUGCUAACAUAGCUUUGCUGGAGCUGUCUUCAUCCAAAAAAAAGAAGACACAAGAGGAAGUGGCCCAGCUGCGGAAAGAGAAGGACCGUUUGGUGCAGCAGCUCAAACAGCAGACACAGAACCGUAUGAAGCUCAUGGCGGAUAAUUACGACGACGGCUACUUGAAAACACCACCUGACCAGACCAACCACAAACCUCCAAAAUCACCCGAUCAGGAUGAUGAGGAGGGCAUUUGGGCAUAGCCUCACUGGCAGCCAUUUUGUUUUAGAAGG